GAGAACAGAAGGGGCAGAGAGAAAGUGAACAGUUCUUUAGACGCCUUGCAUGUGUGAAGUAGCUAAGGGACACUGAAUUAAUUGCUGGAGAGGGAAAUUCGCAGGAGAGUGGGUUUCCCGCCCCCCCCCCCCCGUUUCUUGGAAGCGGUAAGUCUGCCAGAGGGGCCAGUGUUUAAUCCAAGUAGCUUUAGCUCUGUACACAGAGCGCAUCCUCCUGCGUUAUCCUGCAUCUGGCAGAGCAAGUGAGGCUACUGCUGUUGCUGCUGCUGCUGCUGCUGGGGAUUGCCAGGGGCAAAGCAAAGCGCGGGGGGCGGGGGGGUGGUGGUGUUCAUGAUAUCUCGUUGGAGAGGACGUCUAAGAUGGUAGAAAUUAGUCCGAUGGGACUAGGAGAAAAAGGGAGAUGGGUCAAGGCAUACUCAGCCUUUCAUCACUGUAGAUGGAUGGUUUCCCAGCCAGGCAUCUGGGAGCGCGGCUCGCUAUAGAGAGACGUCAGUGCGCUCAGGUCCCGGGUGUAAGAACCCCCGGCCCCUCCCGCGCAGGCUUCCUUUAUAUAAAGUCCAGGGCCGCGUGGAGUCUGCAGCAGUGGCUCUCGAAGCGGCAGUGGCAGAGCUCCUGAGAACCGUCCUCCUGUCGCUGCUCCGUCGGGACAACGCACUCUCAGCCUAGUCGAGAGCUCUGAGGGUUUCCCUCCAGGACCAUGCGCGGCUCGGAGCUCUCGCUCUUGCUGUUGGCUCUGGUCCUCUGCCAGGCGCCCCGGGGGCCAGCUGCCCCGGUGUCGACAGGCGCAGGUGGAGGCACGGUCCUGGCUAAGAUGUAUCCGCGCGGCAGUCACUGGGCUGUGGGACACUUAAUGGGAAAAAAGAGCACGGAUGAAUCCCCGUCCCUGUAUGCGGCUGACAGAGACGGCCUGAAGGAGCAGCUGAGGGGGUACGUCCGCUGGGAAGAAGCUGCAAGGGAUUUGCUGGACCUCCUAGAAGCUGCUGGGAACCAAAGCCACCAGCCACCUCAGCAUCCGCCUCUCAGUCUCCAGCCUACUUGGGAUCCCGAGGACGGCAGCUACUUUAACGACGUUCAAACCGAUGGAGAAGUUGGUAGACUCUCUGCUCCAGGUUCUCAAGGAAAAGGGAGGAACUGCCAGCUGAAGGGACAACGACAAGGGCGGCUUCCAAGGAGCAAAACAAAACCCUUCAAAGACUGCCUUCUGCAAACGUCAACUCUACUGGACCAUCAACAAGAUUUCCUUUGUGCAAUUUACUUAACUAUUCUCCUUAUCUUUCAACCGCAACUAAACUCGUGAUUUUUCGAGCAGCAUCUUCUGGUUUGAACUUGUUUCUGUGAACCACUCACUACUUAGAAAGAGCUUUCCAAUGAACGCUUUUUCCAGCUAGGCUUUUUGUUGAUUAGAUUCAGGGCUCCAAUUUGCUACCAUUCACAAUAAAAAGCUUCCGUGAUCACGCUGUCCAAAGGGCAA